CCCCCCACUGGCACUUUGGUAAAGGCCGUCUCUCUCGCGCAACCGCGACCUUCAGACGCCGCCGGAGGUUGGUCCACACGCGCCACAUCACUCCCGCGAGAGGCCGUCGCCGCGCCCGCCGCCCUCCAGCCCAAAACCCCAGGCACAGAGGCAGCCCAAAGCAACCACACCCAAACGCCGCCGCCGCGCCACGUUUGGAAGGGCAGCCCCGCCGCAUCCAUCGAAACGACGCGCGGACCAUGCGACGAACAGUAGUAAGAAGGCCGUGGUGGCCGCUCCUGCCACUCCUCACACUAGCCGCCGAGGACCCGGCGCCGUCGAAGCUCUCGUUCUUCGGGAGCUCCAAAGAAGCGGAGCCGGCGGCACCGUCGAAACUGAGCUUCUUCGGCAGCGCCUCGGCCGGCGACGCGCGGCGGCAAGAGGACGGCCAGGACAGCAAGAGGGCAGCCGCGGCGGCGGCGGACGCGCCCAAGCGCCCCUUCUUCGGGAGCUCGUCGGCGAAGCAAGCUAGGGAACAAGAAGAGCCCGUUUUGAGUGACUUGCAGCCGGAAGCCGAGCAAGAGGACGAAGAAGUGCCAAGUAUUUUUGAUAGCGUGAACCACCCGCCGCCGGGCUUUCAUAGGGACCCCGCCGGCUCGACGGUGGCGGCGGGCCACCACCACACCUGUGCGUUAAGGCAGUCCUCGGCACCAUUUGGGGGAAUUGCGCACUGCUGGGGCGAGGACACGAUGGGCGCGGUCUCCAGAGUUCCUGUCGAGCUGACCUUCAUCCAGUUGUCGUCCGGGCAUUUCCACUCCUGCGGCAUUACGUUGGAUGAAAAACUAGUGUGUUGGGGCGGUCCCAAUCCAAAGCGCUUCGAGCCGCCCGGGUUGUAUCAACAAGUGUCGUGCGGCGCGGUCCAUACGUGUGGGUUGAGGAAAGAUGGGCAGGUCAAGUGCUGGUUUGUUGUGCGGCGUCCUUUUUUUUGCCUUCCUACGCUAUCGCCGCGACUGCUCGACGGCGUACGCCGUCGACGCGUCUCACAAUCACGCCGCGCAGGGGCGAGGACCACGACACGGGCUGCACGAAGCCGCCGGCCGGAAAAUUCGUGCAGGUUCAGGCGGGCAACGCCUUCUCCUGCGGCCUGCGGCCGUCGGGGCUGGUCGAGUGCUGGGGCAACGAUCGGAAGGGCCAGUCCACGCCGCCGGACGACGUCCAGUUCCUACAGAUCGCGACGUCGAACGUCGUCGACCACGCGUGCGGGCUGACUCUCGGCGCCCGCGACCUGAAGUGCUGGGGCGACAACCGGAAAGGACAAAGCCCAGAACACGUCGACGGGCCCUGGGAGCAGGUGGCCUGCGGCUCGAAGGCGACGUGCGCCAUCGCCGACGGCGGCAGCCACGCGGAGUGCUUCGGCGCGGCCGCGCACGUGUACGACACGCGCGAGAAGACCGCGUUUCGCGGGCGGACGCUCGAGCAGGUGUCCAUGGGCCACGGCCACCUCUGCGUUUUGGACGUCGAAGGCGAAGUGGUGUGUCAUGGGCACCCGGUCGGCGACCCCUUGAAGCGGACGCAUGCGCGGCACGUGCCGGAUGGGUUUAUUGCGGCGUAAGGCUUGUUUUCUUA